AUGAGGUUGUCGGUAUCGCUCUUUGUGAGCGCCCUCGUGGCCGCCGUGGCCGCCUCCAACGUGGUAGAGCUCACUCCAGAGAACUUUGAUUCAGUCAUUGGCAAGGGCAAGCCUGCUCUCGUGGAAUUUCUAAAGACCACGUUGGACAGUGGACACUGCAAGAACCUUGCUCCUACAUACGAGGAACUCGCCGACGUCUUCGCACAUGCUAAAGACAGAGUUGUCAUUGCCAAGGUCGACGCCGACGGUGCUGGCAGGUCCUUGGGCGCCAAGUAUGGUGUGAAGGGCUUCCCCACCCUCAAAUGGUUUGACGAGGUCGGCAAGGACGUUGAGGAAUACAAGGGUGGCCGUGAGCUCGAAACUCUUGCUGAAUAUGUUACCAAGCAGUCUGGUGUCAAGUCCAAGAUCCCCGAACCACCCCCACCGGCUUAUACUGUCCUUCACGAGAACAACUGGGAUGAGAUUGUCAAUGACCCCACCAAGCACGUUUUGGUUUCCUUCACCGUCGAUGCUCCAUGGUGUCGUGACUGCAAAGACGCCAAAAUCAACUGGGAUAGAGCUGCUCAAUGGUUCCAGUCUGACAAUGUUGUCCUCGCCAAUGUCAACUUGGACGAACCAAGGAACGGGAGAUUCACCAGCAUGUACAACAUUAUGGUCUAUCCAACGAUCAAGUUCUUCCCCAAGGGUAACAAGUCCGGCGAGAACAUCGAGUACGAGAAGCUCAAGACCGACAAGGAUGUCGUCACUUUCUUGAAUAACCGAGCUGGUACCAAUCGACUUGUGGGCGGCAAGCUGAACCUUGUGGCUGGCCGAAUUCCCGAACUUGACGAAGUAGCAGAGAAGUUUGUUACCGCUAAGAAGGCUGCUCGUCUCCAACUUUUGGAGGAGGCUAAGGAGAUUGCUGCCAAGCUCACCAACAAGCCCACCGCUGCUCAGUAUAUCAAGAUUAUGGAGAAGGUGACUGGUGGUGCCAGUGGAUAUGUUGAGAAGGAGCGUAAACGACUCAAAGUCAUUGCGUCCAAGGCGAUCGACCUUAAGAAGCAGGAUGAGGUCAAGAUGAAGGAUAACAUCUUGAGGGUGUUCCAGACCAAGACUGCUCGAGAUAAGCAUUGUUUGUUGAACAGCACCGUCUCCCAAGCCGCACACGCCACGUCCGUCGAAUUCCGCACAAGAAAGAAUGUCUUGUUUGAGAAGUCUAUCUUCCAAUCCAAGGGUGCUCUCCAACCCGUGGCCCACUGA